AGUGCAGCGCAGGAACUCUGUGUGAGCGGGCUGGAGUGGAGGGAGUGCGGGGUCUGACUGCUGCGAACGGCAUCGAGCCGGUGAGAACUCUGUGUCUGUGUGCGGAGGAAAUAUGAAACCGAAAACGCUUAAUUUUCUGAGGAUGGUGAGCCUGCUCUGCACCGCUGCCUUGUUGGUUACAUCUGCCGCUGGCUGCUCUGGACAAGAUGAUGGAAGACCACUCAUCGCCACGAGAGAAGGUCUGAUCAGGGGUGCCAUAGGCAGGAGCGUUGCCGGCAGACUCUUCUACAGCUUCAAGGGAAUCCGGUACGCGGAGCCUCCGGUUGGAAGCCUGCGGUUCCAGCCACCUCAGCGACAUCUUGCCUGGAGAGGCGUGGCGGACGGUCUGUCGCACGGCAAAGUGUGUCCCCAGUUCGACAAGCUGGCCAACAACACUCUGAAGGGUGACGAGGACUGCCUGUUUGCCAACGUGUACACGCCGCGUCUCCCGGAUCCGUCCCGACCCGCCACCGCCGGUUUGCCCGUUAUGGUGUACAUCCACGGAGGGGGGUUGGUCACCGGCAGCGGUGAUGAUGAUAUCUACGGACCGAGCUACUUUAUGGACGAGGACGUGGUGCUGGUGACAUUCAACUACCGACUCAACACGUUCGGCUUCUUCACGACGCACGACGCGGCAGCUACCGGCAACUACGGCCUGCUAGACCAGGUGCUGCUGCUGCAAUGGGUGCAGGACAACAUCGCCGCGUUCGGCGGCGACCCGCACGCGGUGACAAUAUUCGGCGAGUCGGCCGGCGGAGCCAGCGUGUCGCUACUGAUGCUGAGCCCGCUGGCGAAGGGUCUGUUCCACCAUGCCAUCACCCAGUCCGGCACGGCCCUGGCCAGAUGGGGGCUGGGUAGCCGAAAGGAAAAUGCCGCUGAAAAGCUGGCUGCCCUGCUUGGAUGUCCCACGGAAGACGUCACCGCAAUGGUCGAGUGCAUCAGGAAACAACCCUGGAAGAAAAUCGCCGAGCACACCAAGACACUGAAGCCGGGAUUUCAGGAGCAGUUGCGGGUGGACCGUGACGCGGAGAACCCACUUAUUCCGGACGACCCGCACCUGCUGCUGGCGCGCGGUGAGUUUAAUCUGGUGCCGUGGAUGAGCGGCCUGACCCAAGAGGAGGGCGCUUUCUUCGCGCCAUCGCUGUUCGCAAACAAGCGAGCCGUGGAAGCGCUAUCCGAAGGAAACCUGUCAGCAUGGGCUCAAACAGCCGGUCUGGUUACUGCGUCUGGUGUUAACAAACUGGACUGUGGUGCCGAUCCAAUGAAAGAGGCGAAGAGAGUGUACGACUUCUACGUCGGCGACAGGGACGUCGACACAUCCAGUCUUCUACCGCUGACGCAGAGCUGGGCUGACCGGCACUUGGUGUCGCCCAUGGCGGCUGAGAUGACAUUGGCUUCGCAGUAUGCUCCAGUGUACAAAUAUCUGCUCGACCACAUCGGACCGGGACGGCUCAGCCAAGCCGACGUGAAUCUCUUCAGGCCGGGUGUGCCCGACUUUGGCACCACACACGCGGAUGACAUCCUGUACCUGUUCAGCAACGACAAACUUCCCCCGGCACGGCGCGGCACACCGACCCACACCAUGGUCCGCUUCAUGGUCAACGUGUGGACGAUGUUCGCGCGCACCGGUCGGCCUGGAUCGGACGUGCUGCCUAUGCCCGAUUGGCCCGUCUUCACGGAGCUGCACCAGCGACACAUGCGGCUGAACACGGCGCCCUCGGUCGGCGAGAGGCUCUUCCAGGAGCGUAUCGACUUCUGGAAGACGGUGCCCAUCAAUGAGCCGUGGAGACACCCGGUGGAGGAUGGGCUGUGUCUGGGUGAACCGAACCCAGAGGGUGGCGAACAGCGGGACGGUGAUAAGUGAAUAUGCAGAAGUGUUCUGUCGGGUGAUUUUGGUUCUCAUGGUCUUUAAUCAUGGGAGCGGAUUAAGAAAAUCACAAAGCUUAAGUGGAUGCUGGUGCUUAUGCCCUAACUUAGACCCACUGUCUGUGCGGGCUCUGCGAGUUUGUGCUGUUGAAUAAACGUAACGCUAGUAUGCAGCCAGAAA